AUGCUGAGGAUUGAACUCACUACCCUAGCGAAUGGUCUCUACUGCUGUUACUCCUUCGGAUGUGGAUGGGGGUUGGCGUCGCAAGUAUCUCUCCCUCAACUUUACAAACAUCAGUUUCCCGUUGCUCUUACUCUCCUCUUUCCUCUCCUCCUCCUUACUCUCCACCUAUUUGCCGUUCUCUUUUACCCCCGUCUUUUUGUCUUUCAUUUCUUUUCCCUUUUCUUCAUCUUCUUUCCCCCCGGUACCUACGCCACCAACUGCACCACCGCCCCUGUUAUUACCACUGUCGUUGACGUCGUCUCUGUCGUGUUCUACUUUUUCUUUUCCUUUUUUUUUUUCCUCUCCCCACCCUUUUUUUUUUUUUCUCUUUUCGACGUUCACCUUUACUAUAUCGGAGCUGUUGUCCUAUUGCGAAGCGAGUCUUUCUCGUUUUUCUACUACGCGAACCCUUCCGGGGAUUUGGAGAAAUAUGACAUGGAAUCAAAGAUAUCGUUAGAAACGGUAUCCAGCGACACUCUAACCAGCAGCUGCGACCUCUCAAAAGAAGAAAAUCACCAUGUAUGUACACAAGAUUUUUUUUUCAUCUAUCUAUCAGGUGGGAAAAGACAAAAAAUGGGGUUGGGGUUGAAGUGUACAAAACUUACAAAAUCUAUCUAUCUAUCUAUCUAUCUAUCUAUCUAUCUAUCUAUCUAUCUAUCUCUUUCAAUCAUUCGUUCGGCCAUUCAUUCAUUUUAUCUAUCUAUCUAUCUAUCUAUCUCUUUCAAUCAUUCGUUCGGCCAUUCAUUCAUUUUAUCUAUCUAUCUAUUCAUCUAUCUAUCUAUCUAUCUAUCUAUCUAUCUAUCUAUACAUACAUAG